AUGAAGAAAUUCGAGCGACCAGAUGCAUCAAUACGCGAAGAUGGAGUCGAUUUGAUCAAUAACAUGUCGGAUCAUAUUCUUCUCUUGAUUCUUUCAGGCCUUUCAUCUAUUGAAGAAGUAAUUCGAACCAGCAUUUUGUCCACAAGAUGGAGAUAUUUUUGGACUUUAGUUCCCUCUGUAGAAUUACGUUACCCAGAAUUACCAGACAAAUACCAUCCAAUGAAGAAAUUCAAAGAGUUUGUUUAUUGGAUUUUAGUAAACAGAUUCGUGGAUUUUGAUAGGUUGCAUUUAUUUUGUUCAGACCUCUGCAAUUCAUCGACCAUAGGGCAGUGUAUCCAUGCCGCCAUUACGAAAAAUGUCAAACAAAUUGAUUUCACGUACAUGCUUAUCCUCUUUAUGCAUGAUAGUUCCUCUUUAUGCUUUUUGUCACCAUAA